AUGUUUUUUCAGGCUGCGCUGGUUGGUUAUCGCACAAAAAAAGUAUUAUAUUUUGGAGUAAAAAAUAAGUUUUGUUCAGUGUAUGCGAGAGUCAAACCUAAUGAAACACCUAAAAAACACGAUAGUUUUAAAAAUUGGAAGUCAUCAGAUGGGUCAGCUGGUAUGGAAGCUUCAAUAGUGGUGGAAGGUUUUAAACAGAGUGAAUCGACAUAUGGCAUUAGAUACCAUAAACUAAUAGCCGAUGGCGAUAGUAGUGUGUAUAAGCAAAUAUUAGAUGAGCGAACUUAUAAACACUUGACGGUUGAAAAAGUGGAGUGCAGAAACCAUUUGCUUAGAAACUUAUGUAGAAAACUAAGAGACAUGACUACUCAGAAGCAUUCUGGAAAAUUAGAACACAGACAAUUACUAGGGAAAAAUAUUCUAAGAAUUAGAAAAGGUAUUGUUAAGGCAGUUAAAUAUCGUAAAAGUAAUAACCAUUCACCAAGAAGUUUACAAAAUGAUAUUAUAAAUUCUGUAAAUCAUGUCUUUGGAGAACAUAGUAAAUGUGAUUCCUAUUUUUGUAGUAAACCUAAAGAAUUCAACUAUAUUGAAAAAAUGAAAGCUAUAGAUUUUGACUUUUAUUCUAAUGUGUUGAAACAUUUACGAUUUUUAGCUAGGCACAGUACCAGUUUACUUCAAAAUGUUGACAGUAAUGUCGUAGAAUCACUGAAUGGAAUCAUCGCUAAGUUAAUUGGUGGUAAGAGAAUACAUUUUGCAAAAUCCCGUUCCUAUCAAGGCCGUUGUGCUGCUGCAACAGUUAUUAAAAAUACAAAACGUCCCAUGUAUACCUUGUAUAAAACACUAUUACAUCGAAGUCCUGCUGUGAAGUGUCCAUCAACUCGACUUGAAGAACAAAGAUAUAAAAAACGUGUGCGUCAAAACGAGCUUAGAGUUAAUACAUAUAGAAAACGGAUAAAAUUUACAAAAGAAAAUAAUGACGAAAAAUCUUAUGGACACUUUUCUCAAAAACCGGAUAUGUCGGAGGAAGAUUUUAAUAAUGAAAAGAAAGAAUUUUAA